AUGGAAAACUUUUCAGAUGUGAACGAUUUGUGGUUCCUGACAGAGGAGGGCGCCCCCUGGAGGCCACGCCACCACCAGUUGAGAUGCCCGCAUUCAGACAGAGGACAGAGCAGCCCAAGGGUCAACGACCUCAAAGUGGUCGAGGUGGCAGAGUGCAAGGAGGAUGGUCUGAAAGAGAUGGCGGUGGAAGAGGCGGAGCUAGAGGAGGAGGAGGAGGAAGAGGAGGAGGUUGGAACCAUGGGGGUGGGCACCAGCAGGGUCGGGGUGGGUAUCAACAUGGAGGGAACCAACAAGGUGGGUACCAGCAGGGUGCGUACCAGCAGGGUGCGUACCCGCAGGGCAGUUACCCGCAGGGCAGUUACCCGCAGGGUGGGCACCAGCAGGGCGGGCACCAGCAGGGCGGGCACCAGCAGGGCGGGUACCAGUCGGGCGGAUACCAGCAAGGUGGGCACCAGGGGGAGGUGGGGGUCAUCAAGGCGGAGGCCACAGAGGAGGGAGGGGCAAAAGAGGCAAGAGAGGUGGAAGGAAUUAACAGGCGUCUUGUCUCGAGUCAGUCAGGUUAAAGCUAGCAGUUUGAAAGUACAGCUUUUCUCAUAUUAUAAAAAUGGCUAAUACAUGUAAUACCCAAGAGCAGCUUGUCAUGUGUUCCUAGUAGACACGCUAUAUGGCCUGGGUAUGCCCAGGUCUUUGAAGUAGUCUUGGUUAAGACGUCGUAUACUGGAUACGCGAUCAUCUGCCACAAGGAGGCGUUAUUGCAGUGAAUGACUGUCACUUAUGCACGAACCGCUGCUACAACAUCUUGAGAAUCUUGUAAAAUUUCCCUCUGAAUAAUGCAUUAUUCAGGGGGAAACUAGUGCGCAUGCACUACGUCUGCAGACAAAUACAGUUCUUUUUCGGUCGCACCUGUACUGCAUACAUGUACGGCAAAAAAGCUGCCGUGAAGUUGCUCAAAAGACUUGUAACAUGUUGUAUGUAUGUUGAAUUUUUGAGUAUGUAUGUUGAAUUUUUAAGUUUUGGUCGGACCUGUUGAAAGUUGUAGAAAGCACAGGUUAUACACAGAAUAGGCGCGACCGCAUGGUACAACCGCUACAAGAUUCCCAAAACAUUGUUGUGAUAGUGGUUUGUGGGUGUCAGCGGUUCGUUUUGAUAAUGCCCUCUUUUGGCGGGUGAUCGCAUAUCAAUAUACAACAACUUCGUCUGGAUCUGGUGACAAGAAGUAUUUUGCAUUAACUGAGGUCGAACAACAUUCGCAUGCAUAACACAAUUGUAAAGGUUGUAGACUGCAUAGAGUGUGGAAUUCCUGAGAUUGGGCCCUCAUGGCCUUUCAUGAUAGAAAUGAUUGAUUGUUAAUGACGUACAUGUAUCAAUGAUCAACUACA